CACUCUCUCCCUCCCUCACACACACUCACACUCCCUCACUCACACACAGACACAGUCGCGUUCGCUUGCUCACGCUGGGUCUUGCACCGGAAGUUUCUGUCAGUGUUCCACUCCUCUCCUCUUCCCAUCGCGUCGGACUCGGAGGCUGGACUCGGCUCAGGAUGCGCGACUCGGUGGAUUGGCUAUCGGACCGGCGCUUCGGAUCACAUCCCUAACGGGACGCUGCACUCAUCCUUCUUUCUCUCUUGUUCUGUCGCUUUUUGCUGUUUUUUUUGUUUUUUUUCCUUCUUGUUUUUGUGGUUUUCUUUCUCCCCGGGGGUCUCUUCUUCUCCGCUGAACUUACAGCUCCCGAUGGGCCGCUCUCCACCCAGCAGCUGAUACGUGUGUGUGUGUGUGUGUGUGUGUGUGUGUGUGCGCUCAAAUGUGUGUGUUCAGCAGCAUGCACCCUUACACCAGCCUGAGUGGAGGCUAAAACUUCACUCUGCUCCAAGCCAAGGAGGCUGAGUGUGUGUGGCGGCGUGCGUGUGUGUGUGUGUGUGCGCGUGUGUGUGCGCGCGUGCACGUCUGCGUGUGUGUGUGUGUGUGUGUGUGUCUCUGGGAACGCGAAGGCCAGAACACGAGGAAGCUGGAGUGUGAGGCUAGUGGAACUGGCUGGCCCAACUCGUGCCUUUUCAUUUCUUACCCACAAUUUCCCGGUGGAGUCAUGCUGAGCCUGCAGGACUCAGUAUUCUUUGAGAUCAGCAUCAAGUCUCUUCUCAAGUCCUGGAGCUCCUCAGCCCCAGUCAGCAGCAGCAGCGUGGUGAGUAGACACCGGCCCCCGAGCUCCCCCGCGUCGGCCCCCCCGCACUGGGAGAAGCGCGGUGGUGUCGCCGUCGCCGUCGGCAGCAGCAGCAGCAGCAGCAGUGGGGCCCCGACCGGCCCCUGCCCCACCUCGGCCGCCGCCGCCAUGUCCGCCAUCACCAUCGACCCCGAGCUGAAGCCCGGAGAGUUUGUCAUCAAGAGCCUCUUCGCCGAGUUCGCCGUGCUUGCCGAGAAGAAGAUCGAGGUGGUGAUGGCCGAACCACUGGAGAAGCCAUUAUCCCGUUCCCUACAGAGAGGAGAAGAUCCACAGUUUGAUCAGUUAAUAAGCUCUAUGAGCUCCAUAGCGGAACACUGUUUGCCCUCGCUGCUGCGCACGCUGUUUGACUGGUACCGCCGCCAGAGUGGCACGGAGGACGAGUCCUACGAGUACCGCCCCCGCUCCAGCACCAAGUCCAAAGGGGAUGAACAGCAUCGGGAUAAAGACUACCUACUGGAGCGAAGGGAUCUGGCCAUAGACUUCAUCUUCUGUUUAGUAUCUGUAGAAGUUUUGAAACAGAUCCCUCUGCAUCCAGUGCCAGAUGCUUUAGUACAUGAAGUUCUGAACCUGGCAUUCAAGCACUUUAAACAUAGAGAGGGGAACUCUGGCCCCAACACUGUCAACGUGCACAUCAUUGCAGACCUGUACGCCGAGGUCAUCGGAGUUCUCACACAGUCCAAGUUCCAGGCGGUGAGGAAGAAGUUCAUCACGGAGCUGAAGGAGCUUAGGCAAAAGGAGCAGUCUCCUCACGUGUGCCAGAGCAUCAUCAGCCUUAUCAUGGGCAUGAAGUUCUUCCGGGUCAAGAUGUACCCUGUGGAGGACUUUGAAGCCUCCUUCCAGUUUAUGCAGGAAUGUGCCCAGUAUUUUCUGGAGGUUAAGGAUAAGGAUAAGGAUAUCAAGCACGCCUUGGCUGGGUUAUUUGUGGAGAUCCUCAUCCCUGUAGCUGCUGCGGUGAAGAAUGAAGUGAAUGUACCGUGUCUGAAGAACUUUGUGGAGAUGCUCUACCAGACAACCUUUGACCUUAGUUCCAGAAAGAAACACUCUCUGGCUCUCUACCCACUGGUGACGUGCCUGCUGUGUGUCAGCCAGAAGCAGUUCUUCCUCAACAACUGGCACAUCUUCCUCCAGAACUGCCUCUCUCACCUCAAGAACAAAGACCCUAAAAUGUCUCGCGUGGCGCUGGAGUCGCUCUACAGGCUGCUGUGGGUCUACAUCAUCAGGAUCAAGUGUGAGAGCAACACCACCACGCAAAGCCGCCUCCUCAGUAUCGUCUCAGCACUUUUCCCCAAAGGCUCCCGAAGCGUGGUGCCGCGGGACACCCCCCUCAAUAUCUUUGUCAAGAUCAUCCAGUUUAUCGCUCAGGAAAGGCUGGACUUUGCCAUGAAAGAGAUCAUCUACGACCUCCUGUGUGUGGGCAAAUCCCAUAAGACGUUCACCAUCAACCCAGAGCGGAUGAACAUCGGUCUGCGGGCGUUCCUGGUGAUCGCCGACAGCCUGCAGCAGAAGGAUGGCGAGCCGCCCAUGCCCACCACCGGCGCCAUCCUGCCCUCAGGCAACACGCUGCGCGUCAAGAAGAUCUUCCUCAACACCACGCUCACCGACGAGGAGGCCAUGGUCAUCGGUAUGGCGCAGUACUACCCUCAGGUGCGAAAGGCUCUGGACAACAUCCUGAGACACCUGGACAAAGAGGUGGGCCGCUCCAUGAGCAUGACCAACGUCCAGAUGUCCAACAAGGAGCCCGAGGACAUGAUCACGGGCGAGAGGAAGCCGAAGAUCGAUCUGUUCCGUACGUGCGUGGCGGCCAUCCCCCGUCUCAUCCCCGACGGCAUGAGCAGAACGGACCUCAUUGAGCUGCUGGCCAAGCUGACCAUCCACAUGGAUGAGGAGCUGCGGGGCCUGGCCUUCACCACUCUGCAGGCCCUGAUGGUGGACUUCCCAGAGUGGCGCGAGGACGUGCUGUCGGGCUUUGUGUACUUCGUGGUGCGUGAGGUGACCGACGUCCACCCCACGCUGCUGGACAACGCUGUCAAGAUGCUGCUGCAGCUCAUCAUCCAGUGGCGGCAGGCCGUUCACACCAGCAACCGCAGCGGCACCACACCCACACCCAACCCCAACACCAAUGCCACCGGCCCUACGUCCGUGUCCGUGUCGACGCCGAGUCUGUCUUUGGAGCGCUCGCCCCAGCUGGGCGUGCUGCACGUGGUGGAGGGGCUGGCCCUGGUGGUGCUGUGUAGCUGCCGCCCCGCCACGCGCCGUCUGGCCGUCAACGUCCUCAAAGAAGUCCGCGCGCUGCACACCGCACUAGGCAUAGCCAAGGGAGAUGAGGAGUUGGCCAUAGAUGUGAUGGACCGGCUGAGUGCCUCAGUGUUGGAGAGCUUCAUCCACCUCACAGGGGCUGAUCAGACCAACCUGCUGUACUGCCCCAGCGGCAUUGACCUGCAGACGUUGGCCGAGUGGAGCUCGUCGCCCAUCAGCCACCAGUUCGAUGUGGUCAGCCCCUCGCACAUCUGGGUGUUUGCACACGUGACGCAGGGCCAGGACCCGUGGGUCAUCAGCCUGUCCAGCUACCUGCGUCAGGAGAACCUGCCCAAGCACUGCCCCACGGCGCUGGGCUACGCCUGGCACUUCGCCUCUACGCGCCUGCAGCUGCUCUCGCCGCAGGUCGACAUCAACAGCCCCAUCAAUGCCAAGAAGGUGAACAGCCUGAGCAGCAGCAGUGACUCCUACGUGGGCCUGUGGAGGAACUACCUGAUCCUGUGCUGCAGCUCGGCCACCUCCUCCUCUUCCUCCUCCUCCUCCUCUUCAUCCUCCUCCGCCCCCGGCUCAGUCCGCUGCUCCCCGCCCGAGACGCUGGCGUCCACGCCGGACAGCGGCUACAGCUAUGACUCCAAGAUAAUAGGCAUUCCGUCCCCCUCCUCCCUGUUCAAACAUGUGGUGCCCAUGAUGCGCUCGGAGAGCAUGGACAUCACUGAAUCACUCGUGCUGGGGCUUGGCAGGACCAACCCCGUGGCCUUCAGAGAGCUGCUGGAGGAGUUGAACCCCAUCAUCAAAGAGGCUCUGGAGAGAAGACCAGAGAACAUGAAACGACGCCGGCGUCGCGACAUCCUCAGGGUCCAGCUGGUCCGGAUUUUUGAGCUGCUGGCUGAUGCUGGUGUCGUCAGUCAGACUGCAAGUGGAGGCCUGGAUGGGGAGACACACGCUCUGAACGGGACGCUGCUGGAGUAUGUGGACCUGACACGGCAGCUCCUGGAGGCAGAGAACGACAAGGACUCGGACACGCUGCGGGACAUUCGCUGCCACUUCAGCGCCCUGGUGGCCAACAUCAUCCAGAAUGUGCCAGUGCACCAGAGGAGGAGCAUCUUCCCCCAGCAGUCUCUGCGGCAUAGCCUCUUCAUGCUGUUCAGCCACUGGGCCGGACCCUUCAGCAUCAUGUUCACGCCACUGGACCGCUACAGCGACCGCAACAUGCAGAUCAACCGGCACCAGUACUGCGCCCUAAAGGCCAUGUCUGCUGUCCUGUGCUGUGGGCCAGUGGCGGACAACGUGGGCUUGUCGUCUGAUGGCUACCUCUACAAGUGGCUGGACAACAUCCUGGACUCUCAGGACCGCAAGGUGCACCAGCUGGGCUGUGAGGCAGUGAUGCUGCUGCUGGAGCUCAACCCGGAGCAGAGCAACCUGAUGUUCUGGGCCGUGGACCGCUGCUACACGGGCUCACGCCGCGUCGCCGCCGGCUGCUUCAAGGCCAUCGCCAACGUCUACCAUAACAGGGAUUACCAAUUUGACACUGUGGUGCUGCUGAAUCUGAUCCUGUUCAAAGCAGCCGAUUCCUCCAGAGAGAUCUACGAGGUUGCCAUGCAACUGCUCCAGAUCCUGGAGCCCAAGCUGUUCCGUUACGCCCACAAGCUGGAGAUCCAGAGGAGUGAUGGCAUCCUGACUCCGCCCUCUCCACUUCCCCACCUCUACUCACUGUCCUACUACCAGCUGAGUGAAGAGCUGGCCCGCACUUACCCAGAGCUCACACUGCCUCUAUUCUCAGAGGUGAGCCAGCGCAUCCAGACAGCACACCCUGGUGGCCGGCAGGUGAUGCUGCACUACCUGCUGCCCUGGAUGAACAACGUGGAGCUGGUGGACUUCAAGCCGUCGGUGCGGCGGCAGGAGGAGCCUUCGUCGGGCGAGGACGAGGAUGAGACGCGGGAGAUGAUGAUGGUCAACAGCCGCCGCUGGCUCAGGGGAGAGGGCUGGGGGUCUCCACACGCCACCACCAUGGUGCUCAACAACCUCAUGUUCAUGACUGCCAAGUAUGGAGACGAGUUUGCCUGGUCUGAGAUCGAGAAUGUGUGGACCACACUGGCCGACAGCUGGCCCAAGAACCUCAAGAUCAUCCUGCACUUCCUCAUCAGCAUGUCCGGGGUCAACAGCGACCCCAGCCUCCUGCCUUAUGUGAAGCGUGUGGUGGUGUACCUGGGCCGGGAUAAGACCAUGCAGCUGCUGGAGGAGCUGAUGUGUGAGCUGGAGCUCACUGACCCAGUCAGCUCGGCCAUCACACACAUGGACAACCCCCCUUACUACCGCAUCACCUCCAGCUACAAGAUCCCCUCUGUCAACUCAGGAACCACAUCUAGUAGCAACACCAUGGUGCCAGGACAAGAUCCACACCACGACAAGAUAAAAGAUCCCAACAUGGAGGAUAAUUACACCCACUUGGACAUCUACAGCGGCUUGAACAGUAACCUGAACAGACAGCACCACCGGCUGGAGUCUCGCUACAGCAGCAGCUCAGGAGGCUCCUAUGAAGAGGAGAAGAGUGACUCCAUGCCCGUCUAUGCCAACUGGCGUCUGAAGGUGAUGGACCACAACCGGCCGGAGCCACUGCCCUUCCCCCCAACGGGAGGCUGCUGGUCCCCGCUGGUGGACUACCUGCCCGAGACCAACACACCCGGGGUGUCUCUGCACAGGUGUAACAUAGCUGUGAUUCUGCUGACGGACCUCAUCGUGGACCAUGGUGUUAAAGUGGAGUGGGGCGCGUAUCUCCAUCUGCUGCUGCAUGCCAUAUUCAUAGGUUUUGACCACCAGCACCCAGAGGUUUAUGAGCACUGCAAGCGCUUACUACUCCACCUGCUGGUCGUCCAGGGAACAAACAGUAGCGUCCAAUCACUGGCCUCCAUUCUGCUCCGCAACCGCGAGAUCAACGACCCCAAGGUGCUCACGAUCAAACCGGCCCUGCAGGAGUUCAACCUGACUGGCGUGAGUGAGCUGGUCCCCGACUACCAGCCGUCCCCCAUGACCGACUCGGGCCUGAGCUCCAGCUCCACCUCCUCCAGCAUCAGCCUGGGCAGCACCGCCCUGCCCCACCUGCCCCCCGCCCUCAACGAGGUGGACCUCUCCGCCGAACAGGACCAAAGGGUCAAGGCCCUCAUCGAGUUCAUCACCUCCAGGAAGCGGGGUCCCCUCUGGAACCACGAGGACGUGUCUCCGAAGAACCCCAAUAUUAAGAGCGCGGACCAGCUGAGCGUGUUCCUGCGGCACGUGGUCAACGUGUUCAAACAGACGCAAGCAGGGUUCCAGCUGGAGCAGCUGCUGAGUGAGGCUGCGCUGCAGACAGCUCUGUCCUGCUCGUCCCGCCACUACGCCGGACGCUCCUUCCAGAUCUUCCGCGCCCUCAAGCAGCCGCUCACCGCAGCCACCCUUUCUGACGUGCUCUCACGCCUCGUGGAGACGGUGGGAGACCCGGGAGAAGAGGCUCAGGGCUUUGUCAUAGAGUUGUUACUGACUCUGGAGGCUGGUAUCGAUACGCUUGCGGACACCAUGAAGAACUAUGACCUGCUCACUGCUCUGGCACAGCCGUCAUCCCACGAUCCUCUGUUGGGCACCAAGUUUGCGAUCAACCGCAAGAGCACGGGUCAGCUCAACCUGAGCAGCGGCGUGGGCCUCCUGCACGGCCACUACGGCCACGCUCGCUCCAACUCGUUGCGCGCCAGCCUGCUGGGCGAGCGCAAGGGCGACCGGCGCCGCAGCAACACGCUGGACGUGGCCGAGCGGCUCGGUGGGAGCCAUGGCAACCUGCCGCGCACCAGAAGCCUGUCCUCGCUGCGAGAGGGAGGAGGGGGAGGCAUAGCAGGUGGAGGCGGACCUGGCACAGGUGACCCGGCACCCCCGGCCGACCCGACCAACCUGAUGGCGACGGUGUUCUGGAUCGCGGCGUCGCUCCUGGAGUCGGACUACGAGUUCGAGUACCUGCUGGCGCUGCGGCUGCUCAACCGCCUGCUGGGCCAGCUGCCGCUGGAGAAGGCGGAGAGCCGCGAGCGUCUGGAGCGCGUGCAGGCCAAGCUCAAGUGGUACAGCUUCCCCGGCCUGCUGCAGCUCUUCCUCAAGGGCUUCACGUCGGCCGCCACGCUCGAGCUGACCAUCCACCUGCUCAGCAAGCUCAUCAGCGUGGCGCGCCACACGCUCGUGGACCCGCCGCAGGUGGCAGGUUUCCCUCUAAACAUCCUGUGCCUGCUGCCUCACCUGGUGCAGCACUUUGACAGCCCGACGGCCUUCUGCAAGGAGACGGCGGACCGCAUCGCCAAGGUGUGCGCCGAGGAGAAGUCGGCCACGCUGGCCAACCUAGCGCACAUGAUGAGCCUGUACUCCACGCGCAACUACUCGCGCGACAGCACCAACUGGAUCAACGUGGUGUGCCGCUACCUGCACGACGCCUUCGCCGACAUCACCUUUAACCUGGUCACCUACCUGGCCGAGCUUCUGGAGAAGGGGCUACCCAGCAUGCAACAGUCCCUCCUGCUGAUCAUCUACAGCCUGCUGAGCCACAUCGACCUGUCUGCUGCGCCCGUUAAGCAGUUCAAUCUGGAGAUCAUGAAGAUCAUUGGCAAAUACGUGCAGAGCCCGUACUGGAAGGAGGCCCAGAACAUCUUGAAGCUGGUGGUGUCGCGCUCAGCCAGCCUGGUGGUGCCCGAUGAGGUCCAGCGAUCCUACAGUACCGAGUCGUCCGGCUCGCCUGAGAUUGCCUUCACACGCAUCUUCAACAACUCCUCCAAGGAGCUGCCUGGCAAGACGCUGGACUUCCACUUCGACAUUUCAGAGACGCCCAUCAUAGGGCACAAGUAUGGGGACCAGCGCACGGCGGUCGGUCGUAACGGCAAACCGCAGGUCAUUGCUGUGACCAGGAGCACCUCCUCCACAUCUUCAGGCUCCAACUCCAACGGCCUGGUGCCUGUCAGCUGGAAGAGACCACAGCUAUCUCAGAGGAGGACCAGAGAGAAGCUGAUGAACGUCCUGUCCCUGUGUGGCCCCGAGUCAGGCCUACCCAAAAACCCCUCGGUGGUGUUCUCCUCCAAUGAGGAUCUGGACUCAGGAGACCAGCAGACCAGUCUGAUCCCCACCGUGGAGGAAGUGACGCGGGAGGAGGAAGUGCAGGCGGAGGAUGCAGGAAGUGAGCAGCAGUUUGGAGUCUUCAAGGACUUUGACUUCUUGGACGUGGAGCUGGAAGAUGCAGAGGGGGAGAGCAUGGACAACUUCAACUGGGGUGUGCGGCGUCGUUCGCUGGACAGCAUGGACAAGGGCGACACACCGUCGCUGCAAGAGUGCCAGUAUACGGGCAGCACGCCCAGCCUCAACCUCACCAACCAGGAGGACACGGACGAGUCGUCCGAGGAGGAGGUACUGAGUGCUAGCCAGAUUCUCAACCGAUCCAACCUCCUUAAUAGUGACUCUGCAACAGACGAUGCCACAUCCAAUCACGUCGACUCGCUGCAGCAGUCCCAGGAGUCCUCCAGCAGUGUUCUGACAGAAGAGGCCACGCCCACACCACCUUUGCCCCGCCCCGACAGUCCAGCCCCUGAGACCACCCACUCCGACAGCAAUAGCAGCCAGCCGCCUGAGGAUGCGGUGAGUGUGACUGCGGCCGACGAGCUGAGCAGCAGUGUGAGCGAGGACACGGGCUUUGGGAGCGUGCCGCCGCUGCCCUCCGACGUGACUGAGCUCUGCUGCGACUCGUCCCUGCCCGACUCCCAGGACCCCCACGACGAGCUGGACCCGGCCCCCCCUCCCCCGCCGGCCAUCGACAGCCCGCCGGGGUCCCUCUGUGAGGUGGAGGAGGACGAGGGCGGGGGGCCCACCUCUCUGCCCAUGCCCAUAGUGCCCCUGCCAGCGCCGCCCGUCCCGGUAGCCGCGUCCCUGCUGCCGCCGGAGCUGCUGCCCGCCAACCUGGGCUCGCUAGCCGACAGCCCGGCGGGGUCGGUGUGCGAGGACGACGUAACGAUGGCACUGAAGGAGCUGGACGAGCGCUGCGAGGAGGAGGAGGCCGACUUCUCCAGCAUGUCCAGUCAAGAUGAGGCUGACACAGAGGGCUUUCAGGAGACCCAGGCCUCCCCGCCUCCAUCGCCUUUUCUCUCAGCCAUCCUGGCCGCCUUCCAGCCCGUAGCCUACGACGACGAGGAGGACGCCUGGCGUUGCCAUGUCAACCAGAUGUUGUCGGACACAGAUGGGUCCUCUGCCGUCUACACUUUCCACGUGUUCUCCAGACUCUUUCAGAGCAUCCAAAGAAAGUUUGACUCCAUUACCCAUUCUUCUGUGCACUUCCUGGGGGAGAGGCUCCAGCGAAUGGGCAACCAGUUCCUCAGCUCCCUGGAGGUCAUGACCUCCUGCUCCCAGUGCCCUACUGUGCUGCUGGAUGCAGAGACGUUGGUCUCGUGUGGUCUGCUGGAGACACUCAAGUUCAGUGUGCUGGAGUUACAGGAGCACCUGGACACCUACAAUGGCAAGAGAGAUGCCGCCCAGCAGUGGUUGGACAACUGCAGGAAGACUUUUGGUGAUAAAGACAGCAGCCAUCGGCCCAACACACAGGCUCAGGAGCUGGAGCUUUGCCGGCGGCUGUACAAGCUGCAUUUCCAGCUCCUGCUGCUGUUCCAGGCCUACUGCAAGCUCAUCAGCAGGGUGGACACAAUCAAGAGAGAGGCAGAGGUGAUCAACAUGUCUGACGAGCUGGCCCUGCUGGAGGGCUGUCUGAAGGAGGCGGAGUUGGCGCGUGACGGACAGGAGGAGUUGAGCGCGGGCUUGGGGGAGGCGGUGCACAGCAGCACAGAGACGGCCAUCCACGCGCUCAUCGAGAGCCUGCGGGCACGCCACUUCAGCCAGGCCCUCACACAGGUCAAAGCCUUCAGGGCUCUGUGGCCCAACGACAUCUUUGGCAGCGAGAAGGACGACGCGGUCCAGACGCUGCUGCACAUCUACUUCCGGCACCAGACGCUGGGCCAGACAGGCUGCCUGGCGGUGGUGGGCCCCAGCCGGGACCUGUCGCAGGCCAGCGGCCGCCUCAUGGAGCUCAACCUGCAGAUCCGCGAGGCGCUGCGCCAGGCCCACACGUGCCCGGCGCUCGGCCCCCCCCCACACGCAGGUGCAGACCCAACCCCAGGACCAGGACCCGACCCGCGUCCAGAGGGACACAGGGAUCCAACCUCAGACCCCCCAUAUCCAGCCCCCGCCAGAGACUCAGAUCGAGGACCCCUUGGAGACUCACACAACGGUGCUCAGCACUGGCCUGUGAGGCGGGGCGGGGCGGCGCGGCACGGGACGCUGCGGCGUAGCACGGACUGAACGUAGGGGACUGCUGCCUCGCCCCACCCCCACCUCCACCUCCAGGGUCCUCUCCAUCCCACCCCCCCCCCCCCCCCCCCCCACUCUCUGCACACCUGCACUUGGCAACAUGAAGGUGGGGGGGGGGGGGGGGGGGUUGUGGGGAAGAGCAAGGAGGGAGUAAGCGUCUGAGAGGAGGAGGGGUGGAUGGGGGGGGGGGGUCCCGUGGGUGGAGACUGGAGACGUCAUUUUAAAGGGCUAAAAGGAUGUGAGGGGGAUGAACUCAACUCGCUCAUGUAGAAAAUGCGCAAGUGUCGCUCUUCCCAUUCUUCUUCCUCUCUCUCUCUCUCUCUCUCUCUCUCUCCUCUCUUAUUUUUCUCCACCCGAAAAAUAAGCCGACCUCGCUUGGAAGAAGUUAAAAAAAAAAAAAUUUAAAAAAACAUUCUGCUGCAAUAACUACUCGUGAGAUGGUGACGGGAGGUGGUGUACGGAAGGCCAGAGGCAGAUGAUGCUGAACUGGAAAUGCUUCUCUUUCGUGCAGAAUGACCUGUGAGCAGCCUUCCUUGAGAACGGCAGGUGGGCUUUCGGUGGCCCACAAUGCACUGUGCCAGCGAACUGAGCACGCAAGGUGUGGUCGCCAUGGAGAUGGCGUGAAGAAGAAGUGGUGCAAGCAGGAAUCCCCGUCACAUUGAACUCAUAAUCAAACAUAAUAUUAAGAAACGAAAAGGAAAAAUAUAUAUACGAAUAAAUAAAAACAAGGUUUCAAAUGCAUGCUUGAAAGAGAAAGCACUGCAAGACAUAUUUUUGGAGAAAUGUAUUUUUUAUUAGAGCUAACAUCUUAGGAUGUAAACAUUAGGGAUAUUUAAUGUGUAAUUGUAAGCUGGGGGAAAGGGCGGCUCUCGCCCUCAGGGUGCUGUAUAAAGAGAAAUGUAUCUGUUCACUUUACGGACCACCCCUCCCCCGCAUCCCCCAGAGUCUGGGAAACACCAAGCCUUUGCUUAGUCGCUCUAACAACAGCAACGAAAAAGAAACUCUUACCCUGUUACCAAAUAAGUAGCUGCCUUUAGAAACCAUAGAUAUCCGUGUGUGUGCACGGAUGUGUGUGUCUACGUGUGCCUGUGUGUGUGUGAGAGAGAGAGAGAGAGAGAGAGAUUUUGUUUGUGUUAUCGCACAGACGCAUGUGCUUGUGUUGGCGAUAGAGGUUUUGUUCCUAAAGGCAUAUUUACAUAUAAACACACACACAUGCACAUACACAUACACCGAUUGAAAUGUGCGCGCGCACACACAACCACACACAUAGAGUAAGUGCUAAAACUGGCUGCAACUCAUUAUGGAAAUAUCAAUAACUUAUUUUACUCUGUAUAUAUUUUAGAAAAAAUUGUAUAGUGUAAAAGCAGUAUUUUUUCCCUUGUACAUUUGUGUAAUGCACUGUUAAAGCAGAAUAGAGUAUGAAGCUAACGCAAAAAAAUAAAAAAUAAAACAAAUACGCAAGAAUUGAAUAAGAGACCAGAUAUAACAAUCACUAACAAAUCCUCUUUACCAUUCUACUAUGUUGGCAACUGAAACUUUUCUCCCCAAAAGAACUGGCCUUGGCCUGGGCGAGUGGUCAUCCACAGAGAGGGCACUGACAGAGGUCAGAGUGCAAAGGUCGUCGCCGGGAACCGACACCUAACUCCACUGCUUAGUAGUCGAGAAGAGACACUUGAGGUCGUAGCUCCAUCUCGAUGUUUGGACGGCCAUUGCCCAGCCCAGUCUUGCCACGUGCAUUCCUUAACUCCACUGUGAUUCUCCAUGCCGGCUUGCUUUCCCCUUAGACAGGUUGUUCUGAAAAACCUGUGCUGAAGAAAGCUUGGGCUCUUGUUCGUCCAUGUUGGCUCUGUCUUAACCCAAUACCCCCUGCCCCCAAACCCCUGUCCGGCUCAGGGUUGCACUGAUGGUGUGUUCUAGCCCUAUGCCCUGAGGGGGAAACUGGCCAUGGUGGCUCUGCUGUGCUUCUGAAAGGCACUGGGCUUGCUUGCCGAACUGCAGGACAUUAAGCAAUGUCUUGAGAGAGAGGGAAAAAAAAAAUUGUCGUCAUGGCACAUUUAAGGAAAAGAUAUAACAAGAUGAUCACUGUAUUCAUUCCUCACAUCAAUCUCUUCUGUUGCUUGUCUGGUACAUUUUUGAAUGCUGUUCUUAAUUAUUUAAUGAAUAUAUGGAUAUAUUAUUUACCUGGAAAAGUAUACUUUUUAUUUAGAGGUGCAUUAUUCCUUUUCUUCUGUUUUCUUUAGUUUUUCUGUUGAUUUUUGUGUUUUAUUUUAUUGUUUUUUUUUUUUGUCAUCUCACUCUUUACCAGCCUUUCCUCAUCUGGAUAAAUAAAAAUCUGAUCAUAUGCACUU